AUGCAGGUUGACGACUCGCUGGCGUCUUCGUCCACAAGAUAUCUCACCUCAGCAGCUUCGUCUGCUCCUCCCUCGCUCCAGCCAUACUUUGCUCGCUUCUCAGACCUCUACUCCAAGAAGCUCUACUAUCAGCUCCUCCUCUCCGUGCAAGAGUUCUACGCCCACCCAGAGUCAGACAAGCCAGGCUCGACAUUGCGGUAUGAAUUCUUCACCAAAUUCGUCAUCAAUUGGAAGGACAAGGUCAGCGGACUGAGCGGCGCAGAAUUGGCCAUCGCUGCCGCUAAGCAACUCAAGGAGCCCAGUAAAGCGCUCGACUUCCUCUCGAAGCAGCGCGACGAGCUACCAGACAAGACUCCGCCACAUCUUCUUGUCAGCAUGGAGUGCACACAUUACAAGCUCCUACUAGGAGAGUUGGAGACGGUCAAGAAGGACGUGGAUCAGGGAGGGAAGGUGUUGAACAACUACGAUGCAGUGGAGAAGGUCGUCAGCGGAGGUUACUACCGCGUGGCUGCUGAAUACUACAAGGCAAAGGCACUCUACCAGCAGUACUAUACCUCCUCGCUGUUGUACCUUGCAUGUUUGCCCCACAAUGGCACAGAAGAUGACCUGCUGGAAGAAGAGAAGGUGGAAAGGGCACACGACCUAGCUAUUGCAGCCAUCCUGGGUCAGGGCAUCUGGAACUUCGGAGAGCUCAUCCUCCACCCUCUGCUGCCGACGCUCAAUUCGACACCUCAUGCCUACCUCCUCGCACUCCUCUCAGCCUUUUCCUCCGGCUCUCUUCCCCUCUUCGAUUCGCUCCUCCCCUCGAUUCAAUCACACCCACUGCUGAGCGCAUCGAUGCCCUUCUUGCGCCAGAAGAUCUGUCUGAUGGCACUGGUGGAGAGCGUCAGCAAGCGCGAGGCGAGACAGAGGAGCUUGAGCUUCGAGACGAUUGCAAAGGAGACGGCUUUGCCUGUUGAUGAGGUGGAGCACCUCUGCAUGAAGGCAUUGAGUCUCUCCCUCAUCAAAGGCAGCCUGGACCAAUCCGCCCAAGUAGCCCACAUCUCCUGGGUUCAGCCCCGCGUACUCGAAAUGGACCAACUCAAGGCGCUGCGCGCCAAGCUGGCCAAUUGGCUCUCGAGAGUUAAGGACACAGAGAUCUUUGUGGAGAAUGAGGGAUCGGCGGGGAAUAAGAAUGUGGUCGAGGCGGUUGUGGUGUGAGCGGGAGGAGCGGCGCUCGACCUGUGUGAAGUAGAUGUGGUGGGGAGGGAAGAAUUGUAGAGACUGGCCCUUUGAUUGCCAUGUCAUAUCAGGAAGCAUGGCGUUCCUACUCUGUGAUCCACAUUGACAAUGACAACGACAAUAGAAAACGACUCUUACAACCCGCAUCUCG